AUGGCUCGACUUCACACUAUAGUAGAGUUUAUCUUAGAAGAUAUUGUCCACUCAUUCCUCGAGCUUAGGCCAGAUGCCCAAAAGCCAAAGGAGGAGAAGGUUGUGUUAUCACCAUCAGAAACAUUCCGGAUGCAGCGAGCUCUCUACCGACUGGAAAUCCAUCGACUCUUGUUCAAUAGCAGGGAUCUUCCAUCGUUUGCCGGCUUAGAUUACUUUGAAGACGUACAUCUUGACGGCAAUGACCAAUGGAUUUUCUUCCUUAGUUUAUUCAGCCCAUGGGAAAUGGAGGAGAUCCGAUGUGUCCUGAUGUAUAUGUUUCGAGCAUCUGAAGAGCUGCCAGGAGCGACCGUAUUUGACUAUUGGUGUGAGCUCUCUCCCGAUGAGAAUGAAGAUCCAUUAUCUCAUCUUUAUGAUCAUAGUAUGAUUCAUAUCACCGGAUAA